AUGCUCCGAGGCCGAUCUCUAUCUGUGACAUCCCUGAGUGGGCUUCCUCGGUGGGAAGUUGAAGAACUUCCUGUGGAAGAUUUACUGCUUUUUGAAAUUGCUUGGGAAGUAACCAAUAAAGUUGGUGGCAUCUAUACGGUGAUUCAGACGAAGGCCAAAACCACAGCAGAUGAAUGGGGAGACAAUUAUUUUCUGAUUGGACCAUAUUUCGAGCAUAAUAUGAAGACUCAGGUAGAACAGUGUGAACCUAUAAAUGAUGCUGUUAGAAAAGCAGUGGACACAAUGAAUAAACAUGGCUGCCAGGUGCACUUUGGAAGGUGGCUGAUAGAAGGAAGUCCUUACGUGGUGCUCUUUGACAUAGGCUAUUCAGCCUGGAACCUGGACAGGUGGAAGGGUGACCUCUGGGAAGCCUGCAGUGUCGGCAUCCCUUACCAUGACCGAGAAGCCAACGAUAUGCUAAUAUUUGGAUCUUUAACCGCCUGGUUCUUAAAAGAGGUGACAGAUCAUGCAGAUGGCAAGCACGUCAUUGCCCAGUUCCAUGAAUGGCAGGCAGGAACUGGACUGAUCCUUUCUCGAGCUCGGAAACUUCCCAUUGCUACAAUAUUUACCACUCACGCCACACUGCUUGGGAGGUAUCUCUGUGCAGCAAACAUUGAUUUCUACAACCAUCUUGAUAAGUUUAACAUAGACAAAGAGGCUGGGGAAAGGCAGAUUUACCACCGGUAUUGCAUGGAGCGGGCCUCUGUCCAUUGUGCUCAUGUGUUCACCACGGUAUCGGAAAUAACAGCAAUAGAAGCUGAACAUAUGCUGAAGAGGAAGCCUGACGUAGUUACUCCAAAUGGCUUAAAUGUUAAGAAAUUUUCAGCAGUGCAUGAGUUUCAAAAUCUACAUGCCAUGUACAAGGCCAGGAUACAAGAUUUUGUUCGAGGUCAUUUCUAUGGUCAUCUGGACUUCGAUCUUGAAAAGACUUUGUUCCUUUUCAUUGCUGGGAGAUAUGAGUUUUCAAACAAAGGAGCUGAUAUCUUCCUAGAAGCCUUAUCCAGGCUAAAUUUUCUGCUGAGGAUGCAUAAAAGUGAUGUCACAGUGGUGGUGUUUUUCAUCAUGCCUGCCAAGACAAAUAAUUUCAAUGUGGAAACGCUGAAAGGCCAAGCAGUACGGAAACAGCUAUGGGACAUUGCACAUUCUGUGAAGGAAAAUUUUGGAAAAAAACUCUAUGAUGCAUUGUUAAGAGGAGAAAUUCCUGACAUGAACAACAUUUUGGAUCGAGAUGAUGUAACAAUUAUGAAAAGAGCCAUCUUCUCAACUCAGCGACAGUCUUUGCCUCCAGUGACCACUCACAACAUGAUUGAUGACUCCACCGAUCCCAUCCUCAGCACCAUUAGACGAAUCGGACUUUUCAACAGCCGCACAGACAGAGUCAAGGUGAUUUUGCACCCAGAGUUUCUAUCCUCCACCAGCCCCUUACUACCUAUGGAUUAUGAAGAGUUUGUCCGAGGUUGUCAUCUUGGAGUAUUUCCAUCAUACUAUGAACCAUGGGGCUAUACUCCAGCUGAAUGUACUGUGAUGGGUAUCCCCAGUGUGACAACCAACCUUUCCGGCUUUGGCUGUUUCAUGCAGGAGCACGUGGCUGAUCCUACUGCAUAUGGUAUUUACAUUGUUGACAGGAGAUUCCGCUCUCCGGAUGAUUCCUGUAAUCAGCUGACUCAGUUUCUCUAUGGAUUUUGCAAACAGUCACGCCGCCAAAGAAUUAUUCAGAGAAACCGAACUGAGAGGCUCUCUGAUCUUCUGGAUUGGAGAUACUUGGGCAGAUAUUAUCAGCACGCCAGGUACCUGACAUUAAGCAGAGCUUUUCCAGAUAAAUUCCAUAUGGAGCCUACAUCACCACCCACGACAGAAGGAUUUAAAUACCCAAGGCCUUCCUCAGUUCCACCUUCUCCUUCAGGGUCUCAGGUCUCUAGUCCUCAAAGCAGUGAUGUGGAAGACGAAGCAGAGGAUGAGCGAUACAAUGAGGAAGAGGAGGCUGAAAGGGAUCGGUUAAAUAUCAAGUCGCCAUUUUCUCUGGGCCGUGUUCCUCGUGGGAAGAAAAAGCUGCACGGUGAAUACAAGAACUGA